GGGAGGGUGGACCGGGGGUCUCCGAGCGCGCGCUUCACAUCGUGUGUGUCCGCGUCACAGCGAAGUGGCCCGCGCUAACGGAGACAUGCACCAGAGUGGGGGAGAGCAACACACACUCGCAAGAACCGGCCUUUCAGAUACGCUGCCUCGUGGUGCUUCAGCUGUGGCUUCCUCCUGCUUCGGAGCACCAUCAUCAUCAUCAUCAACAUAAAGUGGGCUGCUCGCUCCAUCCUGCCACCCAUCAGUCACCCGUCAUCUGUCAGCCGCCACCCACCCGUGCAUCUGCAGGAGCUCCAGCCCUUCACCUGGCAGCCGGUCCUCCGCACGCACGUCCGCACCGGUGAGACGUCAUCCUUUGUGUUUUUUUUUUUUAAACGGUUUCCCCCACCACAGUUUGUUGUCGUAGUUCACGGUGAGAAAACAUCGGCGAGAACAGAGAAAGGCGCGAGAGAAUCAUUUUUUACUCCCCUUCGCUCGUCUAACUGGACGACAAGUUUAUGGUGCUUCCUUGUGACCAUGCAGCCCUCCAUCUUGGCACCACUAUUCUUGCUGCUGUGUUCUGACCUGGGCAUCUGCCUUCAGAGAAGCCCCUGGAUCCCACAGUGGCCCCUAGAGCGCAUACCAGUGGUCCUGCCCCAGCAGACAGAGGAGAGGCCUGCCCCACAGUUCCUGUCACAAGUUCACCUGGAGGUGACGUCCCCAUGCAGCCCGGAAUGCCACAAGCAAGCCCCAACCCCCACUUACUGGGACUUACGGGACUUUCUGUCUUACGAAACGCUGCACUCUAAUGGCAGCCUUAUGGAGACCAAGGUUGGAAUAUAUGGAUUCAACUUAGGCGACCUGCGCGGGCCUUCUGGUCGAACCCGGGCAAAGCGGCAGGUUUACGGCCACGAUAGUCGCUUCAGCAUUGUGGGCCGCGACUUCCUGAUCAACUAUCCAUUCUCCACAGCCGUGAAAACGUCCACAGGCUGUUCGGGGAUCCUAGUUGGAGAACGGCACGUCCUGACAGCUGCACACUGUGUGCAUGAUGGGAAGACCUAUGUGAAGGGAGCGCAGAAGCUGAGGGUGGGCUUCUUGAAACCUCAGCAACGCAGCCCUGCCCCAUCCAACAGCAGCAGUGGGCCGACUCUACCCGACAAGAUGAAAUUCCAGUGGAUCCGAGCGAAGCGCACCCACGUUCCCAAAGGGUGGAUCAAGGGCAACGGUAAUGACAUCGGCAUGGACUACGACUAUGCGUUGCUGGAGCUCAAGAAAGCACACAACCGGCGCUACAUGAAGCUGGGUGUCAGCCCCCCUGCCCGCCAGCUGCCUGGGCGAAGAGUCCAGUUCUCAGGGUUUGACAAUGAUCGGCCAGGUCAACUGGUGUACAGAUUCUGCGAUGCCACCGAAGAAACUUACGACCUCUUGUACCAGCACUGCGAUGCCCAGCCCGGUGCCAGCGGGUCCGGAAUCUACGUCCGCAUGUGGAACCGCCUGCGCCGAAGCUGGGAGCGCAAGAUCAUUGGCGUUUUCUCCGGCCACCAGUGGGUUGACCGCAGCGGUGCUCCGCAGGAGUACAACGUAGCGGUGCGGGUCACACCACUGAAGUAUGCCCAGAUCUGCUACUGGAUCAAGGGGAACUAUGUGGACUGCAGGCAGGGCUAACAGGCAAAGGUUAUUCCAUACACACACACACAAACUUAAAUGCCUUACAUAGAAAAACUUUCAACACAACACACAGGCAAUGCUCUGUUUAACUUGGAGAAUGUUACAUAUAUGUUAUACACUGGAGAAGUAUUCAUGUGCUUUAGUCUUUUUUGCUUCCUCUGCCAAAUGAGUAGCA